CACAGGGGCUCGCGUUGGAAACGUUGGCGCCCUGGACCUUCCUGAGGCCUGCGUCCCUCUCAUCCUCUUUACAUCCACCAUUGAGGGGCCACAGGUCAGCAGGAGCCCGUGGUCCUCAACCCAUGGCUGAGGUGAUGCUGGAGCCCUGAGCAUCUCUUUUGGUCAAGUGUCCCAAGAUACAUGGCGAGCAAAAAGCGAGGUGAAGUGCAGUUACAGACUGUCAUCAACAGUCAAACCUUAUGGGACGAGAUGCUGCAGAACAAAGGCUUAACAGUGAUUGAUGUUUACCAAGCCUGGUGUGGACCCUGCAAAGCCAUGCAACCUUUGUUCAGAAAACUGAAAAAUGAAAUAAAUGAAGAUGAAAUUCUGCAUUUUGCUGUUGCGGAAGCUGACAAUAUUGUGACCCUGCAGUCAUUUAAAGAUAAAUGCGAACCUGUUUUUCUCUUUAGUGUUAAUGGCAAAAUUAUUGCAAAGAUUCAGGGUGCAAAUGCGCCACUAGUUAAUAAAAAAGUCAGUACCUUGAUCAAUGAAGAGAAGAAGAUUGCAGCAGGUGAAAUGAUUCGCCCUGAGGUAAUACUGGUCCCACUUUUGUCCCAAUACAAUGAGACUGUUUUUUCCCUAGGGGAAAUUUAUUAUAUUGUUAUAAUCAAGCCUGAUGCUGUGCUUAAAACAAAACCUCAAGAAAUUAAAGAAAAGAUCACCGCAGCAGGAUUUGUCAUAGAAGCAGAAGACAAGAUCAUGCUCACUGAAGAACAAGUGAGGGACUUCUACAGUCAGAUAGAAGAUGAGCCUGACUUUGAAGACUUCCUUUCUUUCAUGACAACUGGCCUAAGCCAUGUGCUCGUUAUAGCUCAAAUAAAAGAUCAGAUGGAAGAAAGUGACCUAGAACUCGAAGGACCAUCUGAACCUCCAACUGCGAGUGGUGCUAUGAAGUGGAAGAGUUUAGAAGAGUGUCUAGAACAACAACAUAUAUCUCAGUUCUGUGAUGUGGAAGACAAUGAAGCCAAAGUAGCUAAGCUCACUGAUGUUUUCUUCCCUGAUUUUAAAAUAACCAAGAGCAAGAAAUUACAAAAGACACUGGCAUUGCUGAGACCAGAUAUCUUGGAAAAUCAAGAUGAUGUUUUGCAAAUUAUUAAAAAUGAAGGCUUUACCAUACUGAUGGGAAGACAAAUAGUAUUAUCAGAAGAAGCAGCAAAAAUGCUGUGUGAGGAAUAUGAAAAAGAAACCUAUUAUGAGAAGCUUAUAGAAACUAUGACCAGGAGUCCAUCUCUCGCCCUUGUGUUACUAAGAGACAAUGGUGUGCAACACUGGAAAGAGUUACUGGGACCAAAGAGUGUGGAGGAAAUCGUUGAAUAUAACGCAGAGAGUUUAUGUGCACAGUUUGCAAUGGGAAGUUUGCCUAUCAACCAAUUGUACGGAAGUGAUUCAACAGAGGCUGCGGAAAGGGACAUACAAUAUUUCUUUCCUCCGGAGGAUACUUUCGCAUUAAUUAAGCCUCACGUGACACAUGAACAAAGAGGGGAGAUCCUGAAGCUCAUCAAGGAUGAGGGGUUUGAGCUGACUCAGUUGAAGGAACUGUACCUCACUCCUGAGCAAGUGGAGAGGAUUUAUGUCCAAAUAGUAAACAAAGACUUCUACAAAGACGUCUUACAAGUACUAUCUGAGGGUCCAACUGUGGUCAUGGUUCUGACCAAGUGGAAUGCCAUUGCAGACUGGAGACGGUUGAUGGGCCCAGUAGACCCAGAAGAAGCAAAACUCCUGUCUCCAGACUCCAUUCGAGCCCGCUUUGGAAUAAACAUCUUGAAAAAUGGUGUCCAUGGAGCAACUAAUCUCUAUUCAGUAACAGAGAGCAUCAGUGCAGUAUUUGGAGAAGAUGCUGGGGAACAGUAAGGACAUUGAGAAGAUAAUAUGCAAAGUCCCUGCAGCAUACAACCCUAUGGCACAGCUUCCAGAGAAGAACGAGGAGGAAGAUGUUCUUUGGAGCAAAACCCAUUUCAAGGUGAAAAAGUGGAUGAAGAAGCACAGUAAC